AUUGUACCAAUCGUUGAUGUAAGUGACAGGUGGGAAGACUGACAGCUGGAGAAAGCACAUAGUGUUAUAAGGCAGCGACAGCAACGAGCAUUAUGACCAUACUAGUCACCGACUUCCACCAUGCGGGUCGUCGCAAUUGUCUCAGCACUUCUGCUGGCAGUCCGGGCGUCAUCACAGCUGUGUGUACCUGACUGCACAGGCAGGAAAGAGGGAGACCUGGUUAAAGACCCAACCAAUUGUCUUCAGUAUUAUGUCUGUAGCGACCCAGAUGGAGACGGUGUCCUCCCCAUAGAGCCAUCUGUCUUACCCCUCCAGUGCGAAGAAGGGUAUUUCUUCAAUUCAGCUGAUAGUGUGAGGCAAUGUCAGACGAUAAAUCCUUCUGCCGACUAUUGUAAAGGUCUCUGCAGCCCGUGUGUCAUCCAGUGUGAGACUCCAGGCACGUUAAUUCCGUCAACACUGGAUUGUAGCAAAUAUGAAAUCUGCCUUGAAACAGGUCCUCUGGAAGUAGAAUGUCCGACUGGUACUCCGUAUUUCAACUUCGAGACGGGAACGUGUUCUGAUGACCCUACUGUUUGCUACGAAACUUGUGACCCCUGUGACGUGUACUGCGUGGCUGAUGGCAGGAUUCCUAAUCCACACAACUGUCAUGGCUACUUGUACUGCAACCCUCCUGAUGUGGCUUUAUUUCUUUGCCCCGAAAACGAAGUCUUUAACACACAAUCUCUCAUCUGUGAGAACACCACAGACACCUGUGACAACCUCUGUACAGACACCACUGGCGCUUAUGAUGAUUCUUGGGACUCGUUUUUGGAAUAAGUUUGAGUAUGUUUGAUAUGUGAAUAAAUCUAUCAGCGUUUAUAGGUUUUACAAAAAAAAUCAUUUUAUUAAAAGCCUCAUAUGGAGUAAUUAUCUCACAUGAAAACAUGCAUCCUUUAUCCUGAUGUCAUUGAGAUUAGAGAGAAAAGUAAAAUGUAUGUGAUAACGAGUGACUCACUGGCACCAACAAGUCUGAGCAAAUUCCUCUGGUUAACACUUGGCGCUAUUGGUCGAAAUGUGGCUCCACUGGUCAAGACGUGAUAUAUCUGUUCUAAACAUCCUAUCAGUGAUCACUGGAGAAUACGUGAAACUACUGUUCGAACCGUGUAACAGAACUACGAGGGGAAAAACGAUGCUGCAUAUCUACUACGCUCUUAAGAAGUAAGGGGGCCAUCGGGGAAAAAAUUGUAGCUCUUUUGUUUACCGUCCGAUUUCCUCCAGUUUUGGUGCACAAGACAAAGUGUUUUCACACAGUGUAAAAAAUAUUUGUCAAAAAUAUACUUCAAACAACAACUGAGAAAACGCUGAAAAAGGACUGAUUUACUGAAAAUGCCCUUUGGGGGCGAUUUAUUCCUAUAUGGGACGACGUAAGGUUGUUUGGACACUUGGUGCCGAGAGAACAAUGCUUAUACGAAUUUUAUAAGCUACCUGUCCUCUAAAAUAACUUAUCUUUAUUUCACAAAAAAUAAAGUUUGUUAGUUCUUGGAA